AAAGAAAAAGCCUCAAGAAGCAAUGACCUUUUAGAGCAAACUGUGGAGGACAAAGACAUGUGUCUCAUCUCCCUGAGCGCCCAAAAUCGUCAUCUGAAAGAAGAACUGGAGCGCCUGAGACAACAGAGUCGUCCUGUACCUGUGGUUGACCCUAAAAUCCUCGAACUGGAGUGUGAAGUCUUCCAACUCAAUGAGUUAAAAGAUGACCUCGAGGAGGAAAUAAAGGAACAACAGAAGAUCAUUCACAACCAGCAGCAGAGGAAGAUAGGACUGCUUCAGUCUCUGCAGGAGCAGAAACAGAAAGUGGACCAUCUUCAAUCCCAGCAGGAGCAGCUGCAUAUUGAACGCGCUCAGCUCCUUUCAGCCAAAGACCAGGAGAUUCAGAAUUUGCAAGACACCAUAGACCAAAUGAAAGCCCAGCUGCCUGACAAAAGCCAGCACAUUCCAGAAGAGCACGGUGACAACAUUCAACCUCUUCCUGGAGAGAACGCAAGUGAGAAGUUUGAUCCAUCUAAAGCCGAAACUCAAAGAUCAGUCCAAGGAAUAAAAGAGCAAGAACUGGAGAUGAAGCUCCUAACUGAACAGAACAUCCGAUUGACCGAACAGCUCGAUCGGCUGUCCAAAGAGGAGAUUGGUAAACUAACUCAGAUUAUCCAGCAGAAGGAUUUGGAGAUCGAGGGUCUUUCUAGUAGAAUCUCUGCAGCUUCUCACCGCCACCAUGGGGAUGUGGAGCGACUUCAGCAGCAAUUGCAAGAGAGCGCUUCAAAAAGCGACCAAGUGUUGGCUGACUUAAAUGAGAAAACGAGGGAGAAUAGCCAUCUGACAAGGGAGUAUCACAAAAUGACAGAGAGACUUGCUGCCAAAGAAGCAGAGCUCCAGAGGAUGCAAGAGGAAAANGUGCAAGAGGAAAAUUGGAAACUGUCCAUGAGAAUUGAACAUAGUGGUCAGGAGAUGUUUAGAGAAAUGAUUCAAAAUUUAUCACACAUGAUUCAAGAAAAAGACCUCGAAGUGGAUGCGUUGAGUCAGAAAUGUCAGACUUUAUUGACCAUGCUGCAGACC